CCACCACGGAUUCUACGUAGGCUACCCACACCCCAAAAACCGUUUCAAGUUGGAAGGAAAAAUCUUCUCGGCGGUGAACAACUUUCUCACUGCAUCGACCUUCGUCAAAGACAUCAGACAACUGAUCAUGACCCGUCAGACAAACAACGACCCCUCAACGGUACCGGAAGCGGGAUCCACCAACGCAACGGGCGCGGGCGGCAUCAGCGAGCAGCAGCAGUAUUCGCACUCUACCAGCGGUCACAGCGGCCGCUCAAGCACACGGUCCCCGAUCGAUCCGUACCGGCAGGACAGCAUGAACCAACCGCCCAGCGACAGUUCCAGCCUGGACGGGAACGUGUUCGUCGAUGGGGCGAACGUGCCACUGCACACCAGCAGCAAACAGCGCCGCUCGCAGACCACCGAUUCGCUCACAUCCGGCACCAACAUCAGCUACAGCCUAAACAAACGCUUCAUCUCCAAGAACCAGAUGAAGGAAUUCCGGGAAGCGUUCCGGCUGUUCGACAAGGACAACGAUGGCUCGAUCACGAAGGAAGAGCUCGGCACGGUAAUGCGUUCGCUCGGUCAAUUUGCACGGGUCGAGGAGCUGCAGGAGAUGCUGCUCGAGAUCGAUGUGGACGGUGAUGGGAAUGUGAGCUUUGAGGAGUUUGUCGACAUUAUGUCGAACAUGACGGACACGGUGGCGGAAACGUCGGCCGACCAGGAAGAGCGUGAAUUGCGCGAUGCGUUCCGGGUGUUUGACAAGCACAACCGGGGCUACAUUACGGCGUCCGAUCUGCGGGCGGUACUGCAGUGUUUGGGUGAAGAUUUGGACGAGGAAGAAAUCGAGGACAUGAUCAAAGAGGUGGACGUGGAUGGUGAUGGACGGAUCGACUUCUACGAGUUUGUGCACGCACUCGGCGAGCCGGAAGAUUCGCAGGAGAACGAUGAGGAUGAUGAAAUCGUUUCCCAACGCUCACCAUCGUUUGAUGUGCAAGUUUAA